UGUUUGUGUGAGGUUUCUGUUCGAGUAGGCGAGCAGAUAGUAAGAAAUAGUUUAGAGUAUUUUUGUCUUGUACUGAGCCAUACUCAAUUUAGUUUUCAUUACCUUGCUAUUAUUGAAUAGUUGUCUUAGCAACAUGUCUUCAGCGGAAUCUACAAUUGAUACAAAUGCCAUGACAUUGAUUCGUUUUGUCUUGGCUGAACAGAAAAGAUUUCCAGGGGCAACGGGCGACUUGACAGUUUUACUAAACUCUAUUCUCACAGCGUGUAAAGCAGUAUCUUCAGCUGUUCGGAAAGCAGGGAUUGCUAAAAUUUUUGGUAUAGCAGGCCAGACAAAUGUGCAAGGAGAAGAAGUUAAAAAGUUGGAUGUUCUUGCCAAUGAACUGUUUAUCAAUAUGCUUAAAUCAUCUUUUACUACAUGUCUUCUUAUUUCGGAGGAAAAUGAUCAAGUCAUUGAAGUUGAGGCGGAUAAGAGAGGGAAGUACAUUGUCUGUUUUGACCCACUAGAUGGCUCAUCAAACAUUGACUGUCUUGUUUCAAUUGGAUCUAUCUUUGCUAUUUAUCGUAAGGCAACCACAGGACCACCAACAGAGCAGGAUGGACUGCAAAGUGGGCGAAACCUUGUGGCCGCUGGUUAUGCUCUCUAUGGAAGUGCCACAAUGGUAGUUUUAUCAACUGGAAAUGGAGUUAAUGGUUUCAUGUUGGAUCCCUCUAUUGGAGAAUUUAUCCUCACUGACUACAAUAUGACUAUCAAACCCAGAGGCAAAAUCUACAGCAUUAAUGAAGGGUAUGGUAGUCUGUGGGAUAAAGCUGUAACAGAAUAUGUGCAAAGGAAGAAAUCCUCUCAGAAUGGAAAACCUUAUGCUGCUAGAUAUGUUGGUUCCAUGGUGGCUGAUGUCCAUCGAACAUUGAAAUAUGGAGGGAUUUUUAUGUACCCUGCAACAAAGGAUUCCCCCAAUGGAAAGCUACGACUUUUGUACGAGUGCAACCCCAUGGCUUAUCUAAUUGAACAAGCUGGAGGGAUUGCAAGCACUGGCAAAAUUCCAGUUCUUGAUGUUAUACCAGAAAAGAUUCAUGAAAGAUCACCCAUUUUUCUUGGAUCAAGAGAAGAUGUAGAAGAAAUCCUUGAUCUUUAUAAACAGUAUGAUCAAGAUCAGUAAUCAGAGAAAAUCCUUGAUAAAUUCAAAAAUGUUUUAUUUUUUUAAGAUAUAUUGGAAUUCAUGAGAUGUAAGAAAUUUCAUGUAUCUUUAACAAUAUAACAUAUUUUAUGAUCAAAAUGAUGAAACAAUGAAUACUUGAAAUGUCUUUAAAAUGUUUGACAAUAUAUCUGUCUGUCAGAUAAAUAUUUACAUUUCUUGUUCUAGUGACAACAAAGAAUAUUAAAUUCCCUUAUGAAAUACUAGUUAUAAACCCAAAAUAUUUUUCUCAAAUCAUGUUGAUCUUUGAGGGUGUUUUAGCUAUUCUGUUAUUAGUUUUGUUACUUAUUCUAAAUUCUUCUAUACCAACUUUACAAAUUUCAUUUCUACUGGUUUUGUUAUGCAGAAAUUGUGGUGAAUAAAAGUGUAGGAUUUAUAUUAAUAUUUGUAAUAAAUGGACUUUAAAAUGCAACAUCUUGUAUUAGCUUAUU